AUGGUUUAUCCUACCCCAAUUCUUGCGCCGGUUAAUACCAGAAACGGAGGCCCAGACGGUUCUCUGGUUCCUGACUCUGAAAUCCCGUCGAUUGCGCUUCCCAGCAAAUUCUACAGUCCUCCUCUUACUGAUACGCUCUCGUCAGACUCAAAUAGUGGAAUUGCGGCCGAGAUGUCAAAAUCCAAGGACAGCGGCUCCUCUGGGAGUUUUCAUCAGGAGUACAUCGCGUCUUUACGUUAUCGGAAUGAUCUGCCUCCGCCGGAUAUGCCACCCAAGUUCCUCGAUGUCCCGCAUGAUGGUCUGCGAAGAUUUCUAACGCCUGGUUUCGCAUCUAACUUGGCGCGGCGUGAGGAGCCUAAUAUCGAUGUUGAUGCCGAGGGUGGUAUGCCGAUAGACCUUGUCGGCAUUCCGGGGUUGCAUUUGGGUGACGAGAGUGCUAUUAUGGCGCCCGAAACUCCCCAACCGAUUGAUCCCGCGGACCUUCCACUGCUCAUGACUUUAGACCAGCUCAAGAACCCCGCCCCCAAGAACGCGAACGUCAGUUUCCUUCGUCGGACGCAAUAUAUCUCUGCUGGUCUCCGCGCACCGGAUGGCCCCAAGGUCGCACCUAUCAGAGCAAAGGCCCGUUCCGCCGACAAAACGAAAUCACAGGAUGAUCCGAUGUACAUCAAGAAAUACAUUCAAAAAGGCUUCGAUAUUGCCUAUCCGGAUAGCAGACAUGUUGGGGAGGAUACACCGAACAGAAUCAAAGGCCACACUCCUACCAAAAUCGAGGUCGACGCUUGGGCUAACCCGGUUCAUCCUGACAAUCCGAAGCUCAAGCCGGUCGGAUUCUACCCUCUGCUCCCCGAUCUACAGGGAUUCCCGGACCCUGGAGGAUUCGUUCAGUUCAAGUUCGAUAAAGCGCCUGUUCAGGGUGUUUCAGGGAAACGAGACGAGCGCAUGGAUGUGGCCAUUCUUCUUCCUUCCGCCCCAGAAGAGCGGGUCUGUCAGGAGCAUGCGACCAAAGCCGCUUUACACAAGUCGAAUCCCGAAUUGUACCCUGAUCCAGGUCCGAUACCGUGGGAUUACGAUCUCUUCUUGCCUGAGAAGAAGGAUGCAGUCAAGGAGGUCAUUGCGAGCUUACGGCUUUCGAACCCCGAUCGCGACAGUGAAGUCCUGUACACUCACGAAGGAACGGAUGGCAUUAGGUUUCACCGUUACGAACGCAUGCGCACGUACGCCACUAGUGCUCAGACCCUGGGCAAUGAAUCAAAGCAGCGCGAUGUUGCUCUGACGCUUUUCGACCCAGCGGAGGCGAAGGAAGGACAGCAGACAAAACAGAGAGGUGCAUACUACUAUCCUAUUCUCGGAAAGACCCGUCUAAAGCCCGAGCGGGCCCGUACUAUUGCGCAGGCGGGUCUUGCUCCCACGCGGCCCAAGACAAAGGAGGACCAGGUAGAUCAAAUCCAGGUUGUUGUCCGCGAUCCAGACGAGGCAGAGGUAUACAAACGCUCUCUACAUAGAGCGGCCAUUGAUCCGAAAUUUGCAAAAACUCUCCCUCCGCCUCCUGAACCGGAAUCUGCUCCUGAGCAGGAACAUCCUGAGACUCACGACUCUGACCGAGGAGAAGAGGUGACCGAAGAUCGCAAUCACCAGCCAACCGCUGCAGAAGUGAGCGACGACGAAGACAAGAUGAGUGACGAAUAG